CCCUCGGUUGGCUGCCCUCCUUAUUUAUUCAUUACCCUGGCUUCAAGUGAUUCCUGUGUGACUCUAGCAAAAGAGAAAGGAGGCCUAAGGUUCCCAGCUCUCAGAUCCGGCUGAAAUCCCUUCUCCAGCCCCUGGAUUCUGCCGAUGAGUUUUAGUUGCAGGGUCUGAGGAACAGCCCUUGCCUGAUUUGGGGAGAGUUCUCCGUCUGCCGUGGGAGGCCCUAGAGCCUGGGGUCAGAAUGGACCAGGUCCCAAGAAUCAUUGACGAGGGCCCUUCUGGAGACAACAAGAGCAGUGGGGAGGCACCCCCACGGAAGGGACUCUGGAAGAUCAUCCCAGAAGGCUUUACAGCAGAAGUCCGGAGUCUCCUUGUACUUUCAGGACCCCUGUUCCUUUUCCAACUGCUGACUUUCAUGAUCUUUGUGGAGAGCAGCGUGUUCUGUGGGCAUCUGGGGAAGCUGGAGCUGGCCUCGGUAACACUGGCUGUCGCGUUCGUCAACAUUUGUGGAGUUUCCGUCGGUCAUGGCUUGGCCUCAGCUUGUGACACCCUGGUAUCUCAGACAUUUGGAAGUGCCAACAAGAAGCAUGUGGGGGUCAUCCUGCAAAGGGGAAUCUUGAUUCUGCUUCUGUGCUGCUUUCCCUGCUGGGCUCUCUUCCUUAACACCGAACAGAUUCUUCUCCUCCUCAGACAAAACCCUGAUGUGUGCAGGAUAACCCAGGAGUAUGUGAUGUUCUUCAUUCCUGCUCUUCCUGCAAUCUUCCUCUAUGUCUUAGAAGUGAAAUAUCUGCAAAAUCAGGGCAUUGUCUGGCCUCCAGUUCUGAGCACUGUCAUGGCAAAUGGGGUCAAUGCACUGGCUAACUACAUCUUUGUCUACGUUUUGAAUCUGAGAGUGCCGGGCUCUGCUUUGGCCAACACCAUUUCCCAGUACAUCCAGACCAUCAUCCUUUUCCUGUAUAUUGUGGUGAAAAAACUCUACGUGGAAACAUGGGGAGGUUGGUCUCUCCAGUGCCUACAGGACUGGCAAGGCUUCUUGUCUCUGGCCAUUCCGGGCAUGCUUAUGAUAUGUAUCGAGUGGUGGGCCUAUGAGAUUGGGAGCCUCCUCAUAGGUCUUCUCAGUGUGGUGGACCUGUCUGCCCAGUCCAUAAUUUAUGAGGUGUCAGCUUUUACAUACAUGUUUCCUCUUGGAUUGGGCUCCGCCAUCUGUGUCAGAGUGGGGAAUGCAUUAGGUGCUGGGGACAUCCAUGCAGCUAAGAAAUCUGCUGUUACAGGAGUGCUGUGCACUGUUGCCCUGUUUUUUGUCAUUGGCUCCCUGUUAGGCAUCUUCAAGGAUGUCCUGGGAAAGAUUUUUACCAAUGAUGAAGAAGUCAAUGCCCUGGUGAGCUGGAUCAUGCCUGUCUAUAUUGUCUAUAACCUGUUUGAGUCACUCUGUUGUGUUUGCAGCGCAGUGUUGAGAGGAACCGGCAGGGUCGUUUUUGGGGCUACUGUGAAUGCCAUAAGCUAUUAUGGUAUUGGUCUCCCACUUGGGGCCGUGUUGGUAUUUGUGGUUAAAAUUGGAGUCAUAGGCCUCUGGCUGGGGAUGCUGGUCUGUGUUAUCUUGGCAACCAUUACCUUCAUCUUCUACACCGCCAGGAUUAACUGGAAGCUGGCUGCAGAGCAGGCUCAGAAACGUGCCGGCGUUCACCAAGAGUCCCAGAGCGCGAGCCCUGGGCAUGGGCUAAAGAAGGUGGCCUUUUCCUCAGUGGCUACAGGUAGCAAUCCUGGAAUUAUUUUGACGAGGUACUCAAAAACCGAGAGUCAGGCAGACCUCUUACCACCUCUGGAAGCAACAUCCACCUUUUCUGCUGCCUACAAUGGGCCAUCACUAAAGCAGUUGGCUGUCCGCCGGGGAAUUUCUCUUCUGGUCUCUAUCACUGUGCUGAUUCUAGGGGUCAUGGUCAGGCUCAUGACUACCAAGCAGUAGCAAGAUCUGCCCUACUGGAAACCGAGCCAUCUUAGAAGAGUGGCCUUGGGACAUUCUACAGGAAGAUGGGCGAUAUCCUGAGUUACUGAAAACCUCUUCUUUGUAAAUGCUGGUGUCCAUUAGUGCUUCAUGGGAACCCAAAAAACUUUACUUCUGGCUUGCAGGAGGUUGGGCUUCCAAAUAGGUCUGCUGUGGUCAGAGGGAAUGUCAAAGUGAAACUGCCUCCAUUCCUCAAACUUGAACUGCUCAUUUGAAAAUACUUACCAAACUGGAACUGAAAUCUUGAGAACUCUCAAAGCUAUCUCCAAGCACGAAUGAGUUCAAAUUACAAAUAUUUUGCUCCAGAACACACUAGUCACCAAGUUAAAGAAACCGUUUCUGCAGGAGAUGCUCUGCUGCCUGGGUUCAUCUGUAAAGUCUUUUCGUGGCUGUUUACAUGCUCCUGGGCCACACUUUGCAGGCCGGGAAGGCCCUGCCACACCACAUGGGUGCUCAGGAUGCUUUGUUCCAUGCAACUAUACUCUUGGGGGGGAGGCGAAAGGGGGGCGUCUUGGGAAUGCUCUCUUCGGAAAUCUCAUUCAGAAGUAUUCUAAUCACACGGUCCGUCAGAAACUCUCUGAA